AGUGGUUUCGCCUGUUCUGUGAACGAUUUUUAUUCUCAUAAAGAAGCUUUAAAUGACGAAAGUAGAAAGCAAUUCGAAACAAGUUAAAUCCAGUCAAGAGCUCUUUUCAUAGCACAUCAGGAAGAAAACAAAAUAUUCAGACUCUUAUUUUCCCAUCUACGCGAAAGAGUAACUAUGGUAAAAAUUAGAGAAUCAUUUUGGCCAUUCUCUCCAUUUAGAUUUUAGCGGGUAGUCCUGGAAAUUUACGCACCAAAAAAUUGGCUUGUACUGCGCGCACAUUAUCUCAGAGACUAUAUCUUAUCUCCAUUGUCAAUAGAAAUGUUUGGGUCAGCAUCUGUUACGCUGAUCAACCACUCGUUGGUGACGCAUUAGUUGGGAAGUUACUAAAAUGUUGCAAAACAACUUCUCAUCGCUGUUGGUAGUUCACAGUUGCAUUAAUUACCCCUUGCAGCUUCUUAUGGAAAGGAAUUUUUAAGCUUCUUGCGAUUGAAACGUCUUGCUGAUGACCUGCAUUUUCUCUUCUUUGACUCACUUGGGCAUUCCCGCGCCAAUUAAUGCGGUUCUUGCGCAACUAUCAUGCAUCAGUCAAUGCAACACAUCCGCUACCAACCCCCCCCUCCCCCCCCCCCUUUGCCGUGAAAAGCGGCCUCAUUAAGGAAAAGAGCCAGCCCUCAAAUGCAGAGAAUGUUGAACUUUUUCAGUGAGGCUUAGCUAUUUUAUUUCAGUCAAUAAAACGUCUGGUUUGUUCAAGGGCUCAAAUCAUUACCCAGCACCUUGUCCCUCUUUCGUAAACAAUCAGUUCUUUUAACACCUUUCUUUAUCAUGGCUGUCUCUAGAAAAACUGGGCUCAAUAAACGAAGCCAUUGAAGCUUUGUCCAAACGCCUUGACUGGCAAGACAAACAAAUCGGAGAGGAUCUCGUAAAUUUGAAUGUCACGAACACAUCUCAAAGGACAACGGUCUUGGAAAUGAAAGGUAUGUAUAUUUAGAACUUGUAGUGGUGUUUCUUUAAUGAGGUUUUGAUUGGUGAAAAGGUCAUAGCUGGUGUGGAGGUCGUUGUUGUCAUCUAUAUAGAUGUGCCUGCUCUAAGUUGGUAAACCAGCCUUCCUUGUUUUAAGAAAUCAGUUUUAGGUCAGAUGUGUUAACUCGUCUUUGGGAAAACUGGAUAAUUUGACAAAACUUUACAGAACUUUAAUGUUUGCAUUACAGCUGCUGGAGUAUUUGGGCUGCAAUAGGAUGAGCUAGAAUCCUCACCGGGAAACCCAGUUUGUCCUUUGUCUUUGGCACUUAAAUGGGUAAUCGCUUGUCUUAAAAUCCUUUUCUAUUUGUCAUGAUUGUCUACAGAAAAGAUGGACUCAAUGUACAAAGCUUUUGAAGCAUUGUCCAAACGUCUUGACUCACUGGACGUAAAUAUGGGAAGAAAACUGGAUUUAGUAAAUGCAUAUGUUAAGAACGCAUCUCAGAGGACAACUGCUUUGGAAAUACAAGGUAUGCACUUUAAGUGGUGUGUAUGCGUGUGCAUCUGCACUCUUAUUUCACUGCUCAUUUAACGUCUUUGAAGAAACUGAAGGCAGUGAAACGGAAGCCUUUUCUACAAGGUUUGAUGGUUGAAUUUCACAAUUUUUCUUUGUACAACCUACGUGUAAUCAGCCAUUUUAGCUUUUUUUCGUCGCGAUUAUCUACAGAUAACCAGGACUCAAUGUUCAAAGCCAUUGAAGCUUUGUCCAAACGCUUCGACUCCCUGGGCACAAAUAUGGAAAGAAAACUGGAUUUAGUAAACGCGAAUGUUAUGAACAUGUCUGAAAGGACGACUGCUUUGGAAAUGAAAGGUAUGCAUAUUUACAUUGAUUUUCAACUUGGGUUGUAUUGCUUUGCUUUACUGCGGUUUGUGAUUGGUCUAUGAAGGAAUCUUGGGCCUCUCUCUCAAACAAGAAGAUGCAAAACGAAAAACAAGUCUGACUCAAUGAUGAACAUUUCUCCUACUUGUGGCUGUUCACUUUGAGUUACCAAUCCUCCCUUGUGACAUCAUUUUCCUACGCAGUUAAACCUGUAUUUUUUUCGUCGCGAUUAUCUACAGAUAACCAGGACUCAAUGUUCAAAGCCAUUGAAGCUUUGUCCAAACGCUUCGACUCCCUGGGCACAAAUAUGGAAAGAAAACUGGAUUUAGUAAACGUGAAUGUUAUGAACAUGUCUGAAAGGACGACUGCUUUGGAAAUGAAAGGUAUGCAUAUUUAUAUUGAUUUUCAACUUGGGUUGUAUUGCUUUGCUUUACUGCGGUUUGUGAUUGGUCUAUGAAGGAAUCUUGGGCCUCUCUCUCAAACAAGAAGAUGCAAAACGAAAGACAAGUCUGACUCAAUGAUGAACAUUUCUCCUACUUGUGGCUGUUCACGUUGAGUUACCAAUCCUCCCUUGUGACAUCAUUUUCCUACACAGUUAAACCUGUAUUUUUUUCGUCGCGAUUAUCUACAGAUAACCAGGACUCAAUGUUCAAAGCCAUUGAAGCUUUGUCCAAACGCUUCGACUCCCUGGGCACAAAUAUGGAAAGAAAACUGGAUUUAGUAAACGUGAAUGUUAUGAACAUGUCUGAAAGGACGACUGCUUUGGAAAUGAAAGGUAUGCAUAUUUAUAUUGAUUUUCAACUUGGGUUGUAUUGCUUUGCUUUACUGCGGUUUGUGAUUGGUCUAUGAAGGAAUCUUGGGCCUCUCUCUCAAACAAGAAGAUGCAAAACGAAAAACAAGUCUGACUCAAUGAUGAACAUUUCUCCUACUUGUGGCUGUUCACGUUGAGUUACCAAUCCUCCCUUGUGACAUCAUUUUCCUACGCAGUUAAACCUGUAUUAGGUGGUCACCUACGAAGAAUGGCUGAAGGGGGGGGGGGCCACGUAAGACAGGUUCCACAGAAAAGAGGUCAUAUAAAAACGAUGUAAAACGCCAAUUUGAAGCGCGAAAAUUUUACCAAUAUGCAAGUGGAAAGUACGCAUCUAAAGUAUGUUCAAGGAUGUGAUGUAACGCAAUCCGAUCGCAUCUAACCUUUGCUUGCGAAUGACUUGGUGAUCUUUGGCUUCAUUUCUUCGAAUGUAUUCCACACAAACCUUCUAUCAACACCGACAUUGUUUCCUGAAAGUAGACUUUCAAAAGUGUAAAAGAUUUAUUUGACAGUUCGAUUUUAUUUCAUUUAAAUAUACUUGCGUGUCAAAUUCUCAGUUCAUGGAAAAUCCCAGAUAUCUUUUCCUUACACAGAUAACCUUCAAUACCACUUUGUAAAUUAUGUGAAAAUUACAAUCACGCAGGGCAGUGUAACUUGGAAAUGAUACUUGGAAACAGCGGUAAUCUCAUUGUGAAAUUCAUUUUAACUAAACGUUUGAACGUGUCCUUUAGUAGCAUGUCGUAAUGAUGUGGGAUAUUGAUCAAAUGAAGCCUUUAAGUGCUACUGUGGUUCUUUCUUUCUUUAUUUACUCCGAGCUUUCGCCGUUCUACGGCAUCAUCAGGGAUGAUGCCGUAGAACGGCGAAAGCUCGGAGUAAAUAAAUAAAGAAAGAACCACAGUAGCACUUAAAGGCUUCAUUUGAUCAAUAUCCCACGAAAUUCAUUUUGAUUCCGUAAGAAUCGAAAUUUGUUUGAAAAACUUUCUUUUUUGACAUUUCGAAUUCACACCAUGAAUCAAUAUGUUUUUUGUCCUACACAUUUGUUAUUGAAAGAUCUUUGUUUAUGUCUCAAUUUCUUCAGGAAGACUGGCUCUCAUUAACAAGACAAUCGAGGCGUGGUACACAAGUCCUUACUCGUUUAACAAAAGUGUCGUAAGGAAACUGGAUGUCGUGAUUAAGUCAAUCGAAGAGCUCUCUUUGCAAUUUAACAACACAUCUAAAACGAUAAAGGCAUCGGCUAUGCCAGGUAUGCGUCUUUUAAAUAAUUUUCACUUGUGUGUUGUAAGCAAUGUAGGAUUGCCUGAUUUCGCUUUACCGCUCUAUGCAAACUCGCAUCACCCUAGCUAGCCUAUCAACUAUUAUGAUGUAAAAAUAAGCAUGGUACAAUCAGAGAUGAGAAACUUAGCAACAUUUCUCAAGAGAUUUAUGUUUUCUUUAUUAAUCUAUAUCGACAUAUUUAUAUUCAUGCGUCUAUGUAUUUACAUGUAUCUAUUUAUCAGUCAGGAAAUUUUGUCCUUUGUUGAAAAACCCGAAGAAUGGUUUUUCACACAGUCACAAAAACUGCACGGGGGAGUUUAUUUCAUUCAGUUGUAACCGUAGUUACUGGUUAAAUGGACCCUCAGAGCGUCUCUGCCUGAACAACGGUUCAUGGACGGGAGUGCAGCCAACUUGUGAAUUUGGUAAGAGUUUCACUCGAUGAUUAUUUAGAGUGUCUUUCGGGUAAGGUUAGUCCUGAAAAAUUUUUAUUAGCCUUAAUAAAAACCGGAGACGAAGUAUGUCAUUAAAAGUAGUUAGAUCAUCUAAGGAUGAAGAUGUAGAUGUAGAUGAAUGUAGGUGUAGAUGUAGAUGUAGAUGUAGAUGAAGCACUGGGCAAAGUCCCAGUCAAUAGCGUUGUUUGUAGGUUGAUGACGUUCAGCUAUUUGAUUUUUAACAUCAUCGCUUGUUUAUGUUCAGUCAGUUUUCCGUUGAAGUACCUGCAAACCUCUCUGAUGUUACAGGAAGCCCAGAAACUGGAAUCCCUAAUCUCGCUUGUGUGUAUCUACCUUUAGUCGGUGAAUGUCAAAAGGCAAUCAUCAGUUUGUUGGUUUUUCGGACGUUGUGGGGUUGUGAUUCGCAAGAUGCUUCCGGACAUAUCUGUUAUGUAUUGCAGGAUCACUGAAAAACUACGAGUCCCGUUGUAGAUCGAAUAUGCAAUUUUAUUACUUUUGUGGAUGUUUCGUUCCUUGAUGAAGCGUCGUUGAAGUUGCCCUGGAAAUAAUUGCAAAGUGCAUGUAAUAUUAACCGGAUAAAUUGUCUAGUGUUUUGAAAAAUUAGUUGCGCUCGUCUUGUUAGAAUUAUAAUUGUCGUAGCUUUAUGGGGUGUCAAGUUUUAGUAGAAUUUGUCUUGAAAUCACUUGGAAUGUUAGAUGUAACAAGGAAUAUUCUUGAUUCUGUGAUAUGUUACUAUUCAUUCUUAAAGGGAAGAGCUUCAGACUUUUCUAGUGGGUAGAACAUUCCGUUAAGAUGGUUAUAAAAACUCGAUUUCCUCACUAAAUUUCCUUUCGUUUGAUUUCAGUCAGCCCGAACUACUCUUUGUUAUUUCCAUAUAAGAGUAAAAAUGAUUACGUAAUCAUCACGCAUGGAAUGCCAAGCCUUACAGCUGUGACAGUUUGUAUGUGGAUAAAGACUAAUGCUACAGGAAGUAAUGGAGCACUUCUCAGCUAUGCUGUGAGUGGAACGGAUAACGAACUGUUGUUAUUAAGGCCCGGAGAUUUUGGGUUCGGUGUGCGAUCAGUUGGGAGGUACGAGAAUACGGUUUCAUUGGGGAAUAGGAACGAUAAACUGCGCAUGAUGUGCAGAACCCGUCCUGUACUAUUUGAAUCGUGAAUCAGCAAUAGUAAAUGUUGUCAGAGCUAUUUAAUGAACCAUAUUUGGCUAAUCCUAAUGGCGGAGCCCUGAAUGCUAUUUCCUUACACUUAUCAUCCAUAAAAUAAAGCACUAUUGGACAAAGCCGAUGGUUGAAAACUCUCGGCGUUGUGCGUUUUUCUUUCUCUAAUUAUAUCACGUCUGAACAUUUGUGGUAAUGAGUGAAUAAAGGGAGAGGUGUGAACGUACGAUCAUCAGUUGCCUUUUUUUCAAUCAAAUUUUCUCAAAUUGAUGGGCUGAAUAGACUUUCGAGUGAAAUUUGAGAGUUUUAGAAUCAUGAGAGGUUUAGAAUUAUGAGAGGUUAACAAUAAACCAUCUCAUGAAAAUGGUAUCAAAUGCCUUGCAGACAGAGCUUGAUGAUAUUUUAGCAUUUCACCUCUCUACGUGCAGAAAGAGAUAGAAGAGGGAUACAGGUUCAAUAAUUAUCGCACCAGACUCAAAAUCUAUCACACCAAUUAUCUUCAACUACUUUAUUAAUCGUUUAACCUUUUCAAAAUGGAUUAUUAAGGAAAAACUUUAAAUCCUUUCAAUGUUCAUUAUAGUGGUUACACCCGUGUAUCUGCCAACGAUGGAAAGUGGCAUCACAUCUGCGCAGCAUGGGAGAAUACCGCUGGAUCGUGGAAAUUGAUCAAGGAUGGUUAUUUGGGGGCUAGUGGUAGAGGAUUAGCAAAAGGUAAGUUGUACUCAGAAAAUAUCGAACAUCAAACUAAUUCACAAAAUUUUGCCGCCAGGCAGGUCGAGUAUUUUAACAAAAAAUAUGAAAAAUUUCAGAUUAAACGUUUCGCUUACUAAACUUUAUUUAAAUUGUUUGUUCUGGUAUUACUAAAAUACCUUUAAAAAAACUUACACCAAAAAAAAAACAACGACUACUUUUCCACAAAUUGGUUUAAAAGCACGACUAGCGAAGGAAUGGAGACAUAUUCUUGCUCUUAAUUACAGGCCGAUGGAUCCGCGGAGGUGGACACCUUGUACUUGGACAGGAUCAAGACAAAUUGGGAGGAGGCUUUCAAGAACGUGAAAGUUUCAUUGGUGAAAUGGCAGAUGUCAAUAUCUGGAAUCGCGUGAUUUCAGACCAAGAAAUCAGGCGCAUGUCCAAAUCGUGCCUGACAGGGACGGGAAAUUCGUUUCAGUGGAGCGACUUCAAAUUCCACAGAAUGGGCUCGGUGCAGAUAGCUCAGCCUUCUUGUUUAAAUUGAAAUGCGUAAUGCUCUACUGAAGUUGAACUUUUAAUCGUAUUUAGUUAGUUUUAGGAUUGUUUCAUUAAGUUUAAUUUUAAAGUUCAAAACAAUCGAAAAAAUGAUGGCACUAAGUGUUAAGUACUCUUCUUUUUCAAUGUGAAACUUCUUAAAUGUUAUAGAAAUGUCGUUUCCGUUCUUAAAAUUUCUCUUAUUAUUUUGCAAGUUUGAGUUGCUAAUUUGCCGCGUGAAGAAUUAUCUUUCCGCUCUGGGAAAUAAGUAACCCUGAAAUCCUGUAGGAUGUAUGAAAAUAUUAAUUGAUAUGAAUGGAAAAUACAGCCAGGCCGUUAACUUUAAGGCAGCUUUUCAAAAACAAAAUUUCUAGGCCGAUUAAAUCACACAAAAAAAAAUGAAUUGAAAGGGUUGAAACUCUAAGGAAGUACCUCUUCAAUAAUUUUUUAAAAACUUUUUUUCUUCCUUUUUCCCCUUUUUUCUUUCUUUAUUUGUUAUUUUUGCCCUUUAUUAUCCUUUUUUCUUCAAGUUCUAGGCAUUCAGUUGGGGGAGACGAGCAUCGAACAUUUUUUCAUCGCGAAAAAAAAAAUAGAAUGUGCAAAAAAUGGCAUGCAAAAGAGCACUCUCUUUCUAUUGCCGUAUCCCUAACAACCAUGGUUAACCGCAACCGAAAUGCGCCAAGUUGCUUGCCAUUUUUAGCCCGUCUGUUUGCGUUCCUCUCUCAACUAAUGUCCUAGUCCAAACCAAGAGAGAUGUUGUUUUCGAAGAGUCAAUGUGUUUCUUGCUAUCACCGAUGACGUGUCGUGAGUUUGCCUAGUAGUCGCGGGUCACCGGUCGCGACUCGUAAGAUAAAAUCGGUAACAACCCCUGUAAAAGAAAUAUUUUCAAUCACGUUUUUAUUCAUUUUCCUGUUUUUUUUGUAAACAUCAAUAUAUCUUGGUGUACGUGUCCCCUUUUUUUGUGGUACUAAAUAAAUGCCCGCCUCGGCCUUACAGGAGCAGACGUGGACAUCUUUUUCAUCCUUUCAUCACGUACACAAGUUACUCGAGAAGCGCUGGCACCAGCUUACAUCGGUUGACUUCUUAUUGAAAUGAAUUUUGAGCCGGUGAUCUCACCGAACCAGUAUCUCCAUAAUUCUCAAAGUUGAAGACAAUUACAUCGAGCAGAUCCUAAAAAGCACCAUAUUCAUUUACCUGGGAAACAUUCUCACGGGUCGCGACUCGUAAGAUAAAAUCGGUAACAACCCCUGUAAAAGAAAUAUUUUCAAUCACGUUUUUAUUCAUUUUCCUGUUUUUUUUGUAAACAUCAAUAUAUCUUGGUGUACGUGUCCCCUUUUUUUGUGGUACUAAAUAAAUGCCCGCCUCGGCCUUACAGGAGCAGACGUGGACAUCUUUUUCAUCCUUUCAUCACGUACACAAGUUACUCGAGAAGCGCUGGCACCAGCUUACAUCGGUUGACUUCUUAUUGAAAUGAAUUUUGAGCCGGUGAUCUCACCGAACCAGUAUCUCCACAAUUUUCAAAGUUGAAGACAAUUACAUCGAGCAGAUCCUAAAAAGCACUAUAUUCAUUUACCUGGGAAACAUUCUCGCCCUUAAUCCUUUCCGGUAAACUAUAACCGCCACUAUUUGUCUCGUCGUAAAACCUUUCGCAACUAAUUAUGCCCUCCUGAUGAAGUCACUUCUAAUGCGAAUCGAAGACACAGCCUUCAUCACGCGAUGUGAUCAACUGAUUUUAUUAACUUCUCCCUAUGAAGUAUAAACAGUAAAUUUUAAUAUUUUAUGACGAUUUUUGAUGUGUAUUCGAUAAUAAUUAUUAUCACAGUUAUAUCCUGCUUAGCGUUCUCUUCAACUUAAAGUAGAACGCUGAAUAAAAUCUUAGCUGGCUAAAGGUAUUGGGAAAUCAUCUUAAACAUUUUAGUCAGUGUCAUUGUGUCUGCCCAUCUUUCCUCUUCAAUCGUUAUGCA